AUCGAGUACAACGGGAGGUAACUCUAAACUAGGUCGUCGAUCGCUCGCCAACUGUCACGCAAGGUUGUCGCUAUUUCACCAGAGACCAUACACACGACAUUACCAACAUCUGCAACAAUGGCAAGAGUUAAGCUUGGAGGGACCGAUCUUGAAGUCUCCCCUAUUUGUUUGGGGACAUGGCAGUUCAAUAUGGGAAAGACGACGAUCAACUGGGACGGUCAGAGCUUGGAGACAUCAAAGGCAAUUGUGGACAAGUGUUUUGAGCAGGGAAUUAACUUCUUUGACACGGCAGAGGGCUAUGCGGGUUCAGAGGAGGCUCUUGGAGCGUGUCUGGAGGGGAGGCGCCGAGAUGCUGUGAUAGCUACCAAGUAUGGAUUCAGGGCCGGCCCCAACACUCCGCCAUACUCAGCCGAAGACAUCCAAAACACUAUGGACAAGGCCCUGAAGAAUCUGAGGACGGACUACAUUGAUAUUAUACAGAUUCAUUUCCCAGCUUUCAUCAAGGAUUAUGAUGAGACAGUCACCGAACUCAACCGGCAGAUCUCCCUAGGAAGGCUCAAGCAUUACGCUGUUUCUAACUUCGGUCCGAAAAACAUGAAACAAUUCAUUGAAGCUGGAGGAAAGCCCAUAUCAAACCAGAUGGGGUACAACUUACUGUGGAGGUCGGCGGAGUAUGGAGUGCUGCCAGUGUGCAAGGAGAACAACGUGAGCGUUCUGGCGUACUCGCCGCUGCAACAGGGACUGCUGACGGGCAAGUACUCCACCGUCGACGACGUCCCUGAGGGAAGAAGGAGAGGAAAACUCUUCUCUCGUGACAGCACUCAGCUGAGUCGUCAUGGUCAAGAUGGGGCAGAAAAAGAGGUGUUUGAGGCAAUCCAGCGAAUCCGGGGGAUAUGUGACAAGGCUGGUGUACCGAUGGCAAAGGCAGCCCUGUCAUGGCUGUUGCAGCAGGAUAACGUUCCUGUCGCCAUAGUCGGAGCCAGCACCCCGCAGCAGGUAGUCGAGAACAGCAACAUCGUCAAGCUGUCAGAUGAUGUUGUGAAGCAGCUGUCUGAUGCCACAGAAGAGCUCAAGGCCAAGGUCGGACAGACACUAGAUGCAUGGGUUCACCCUGACAGAUGUGAAUAGACAUGAAUAGAUGUGAACAGAUGAGAACAGGAACCUGUCGCCAGUGGAUAGGCUCCAUUUCUCUAAAAUACACUGUUUUUCUUAUGACACGUAUACUUACGUAAAACCACAUUUUCAGACUCAACCAGAGGUCACUACAUUGUAAAGCAUGAGCCACUUUUCAUAGAAGAUUUUAAAAUUAUGUUGAUAAUUAAAGUCUUGAAGUUAGAUGCAGAGUCGGGUUAUUGAAUUCCUGCCCCAACACAGUGUCCUAUUUGCUCAAAACAUCUCCAUUGUCUUGUUCUCGAAAUGUAUUUAACCAGUACACAGCCGAACACAUUAUCAUACAGAUGGUUCAAGUUGCAGGUGGUUUCUUGGUAAUGAUAGACAGAGGUGGGGUGCAGGGGUGUGCACCCCCCCCCCCCUUUUUUCCUGAAAGUUUAUUACAUGACCACUGAAACUCUCGUGAAAAUGAAGUGUGCACCCCCUUCUCUAGAGUGUGCAUCCCCCUUUCUCAAAAAGCUGUAUCCGACCCUGGGCUUUCUCCUAAUGUUUAUACUUUCCCCAGCAAAAACUUCACAUUUAAUGAAGGGUUACUUGAUAUAUUGUGUUGUUGUGUUAUCAGGAAGCUAUCCUACUACGUAGUAUGACAAGUGAGGUCACUGUCUGGAUGUAUGGAGGUCCUGUUUCAGCUCUGGGGUGCUUUAUUGUUAGCGCUGACAGAUAUUUUACUUGGCUCUGAUGUCUGAGUCAAUGUUGUACUGAUUUGACAAAUAUAAUGUAUAAUGUUAUAGUAUAUGCCAAGGGUAUUUUUGAAGCUUGCCUUGCCAAGACUUCUCAGCAUUAUUGACUAGUCUCUGACCAACCACCCUCACCCUAAUUCCUACCUCCCCCAUCUUAACACUGUCUCUAACCACCCACCCUCACCCUAAUUCCUACCUCCCCCAUCUUAACACUGUCUCUAACCACCCACCCUCACCCUAAUUCCUACCUCCCC